UUGUCUACCUUUGUGUGACGUGUGUUUGUUUGAUUUAGACGUGUACUUUAUUUAUCUUGUAAAUGUUAUUACAAUAAUUAUUCUUAUGUUAUUUAAUAAUAAUUACCUACCCAAUUUAUUACACAUUCCGUUGCAAAUUACUCAUAAUUAUUUAUAAAAAUACAUUAUAACUGGAGUUUAUCCAAAAAAGCGAACUCUCCCUUGUUUGUUUUCGUCUAUUCUUAUUCACUAGAAUGUGCGGUUCUGAUAAGAAAUUGGGUGAUAUACGGGCCCUCAUACUUGUUGGUGGCUAUGGAACUAGACUGAGACCAUUAACUUUAAGUAGACCGAAACCGCUAGUGGAGUUUGCAAACAAACCUAUUCUCUUGCAUCAGAUAGAAGCUCUUGUAGAUGCGGGCGUGACUCAGGUAAUCUUAGCUGUCUCUUAUAGAGCAGAGGAUAUGGAAAAGGAAUUGACAGAAGAAGUGUCAAAACUUGGAGUUUCAUUAACAUUUUCCCAUGAAACUGAACCACUAGGUACAGCCGGUCCUUUAGCAUUAGCUCGAGAAAUACUCAGUGCUAGUCCUGAGCCAUUUUUUGUACUGAAUUCUGAUGUUAUUUGUGAAUUUCCUUUUAAAGAGCUUGCAAAGUAUCAUAGGAGUCAUGGUAAGGAAGGUACAAUAGUAGUCACGAAAGUUGAGGAGCCCUCAAAGUAUGGUGUAGUUGUAUACAAAGAAGAUGGUCAAAUUGAAAGCUUCAUAGAAAAACCACAAGAGUUCAUUUCAAACAAAAUUAAUGCAGGAAUGUACAUACUGAAUCCCUCUGUAUUAAAUAGAAUAGAACUUCGUCCAACAUCAAUAGAGAAAGAAGUGUUUCCUUUCAUGGCUAGAGAUGGCCAACUGCAUGCCCUGGAGUUACAAGGCUUUUGGAUGGAUGUGGGACAACCUAAGGACUUUUUGACAGGAAUGUGUUUAUAUCUAACAAGUUUGAGACAGAAAAAUUCAAAUAAACUCUAUGAAGGUCCUGGAGUGGUAGGCAAUGUAUUGAUUGAUCCAACAGCCACUAUUGGUAAAGGAUGCCGGAUAGGACCAAAUGUUACCAUUGGCCCAGAUGUUGUUAUUGAAGAUGGUGCAUGCAUAAAACGAAGUACAAUCCUUCGUGGAGCUUGUGUCAGACAGCAUGCUUGGCUAGACGGCUGUAUAGUAGGCUGGCGAUCAGUCGUUGGGCGCUGGGUCCGGAUGGAGAACUGUACAGUACUUGGCGAAGACGUAAUAGUUAAAGAUGAGAUUUAUGUUAAUGGAGGCCAGGUUUUGCCACACAAGUCCAUUCAAUUAUCGGUACCUGAACCACAAAUUAUUAUGUAAAGACUGGCUUUAUUCGAAAAAAUAAACAGGUUGUCACUAAUAUCAUAUAGCUACGGCGAUAGCAGACUGAUGUAAAUUGCUAUUUAAGACUAAUUUGAUAAUUUUGCAAUUUAAUGACAUUAAUAAAUAUUAAUGGUCUAGUCAUAAAAAUUAAAACGUUUUACAGACCUAUUUUAUUAAAUGUUACAUUUUAUCCUUUAAAAUUAAAAAUUGUGUCCAUAGAAAAAAAACGUAACUAAAAAGAGGUUUCUUAAAUGUUUAACUAUUUUAUGAAUUAAGGGAAGUUAAAUUUAUGGCCAUUCUCAUUAAGUUUUUUUUUGGAAGAUACUGCAAAUCUUCUCCGAUUCUGAACCUUCGAUGAUUUUUGCAAUAUAUGAGGUUUAGAUUUCCAUAUUAUUAUUUUUUUUUACUAAAUUUUAAUUAUGUAUCUCUAAUUUUAAAAGGACCUGACAGAGUAGCAUUCACCUUGAGCCCCACCGAUAAGAUAUAUAACAGUUAACUUUCCAUAAAUGUCGUUUAAAAUUAUUUAUAAAUCUGAGAAGUCAGUCUUGAAAAUGGUAAAAACCUAUUAAAAAACGUAAACCAUAACUAUAUCAAUAGGUGUAGCAGAUAUUGUGAUAUUCGCAAAAGACAACUAGUUUAUUUUUUUGAGUAAUAUAAUAUUAUGACUUUGAUUUUAGAUGUAACGAUUAAAUAAGAAUUGUAAAUAAUAAUACGAGUCUAUCGUUUGUAAGUAUGACAUUUUCACAUAAUAGAAGUUCCACAUAAAGUGAGUCAACAAGAUAUAUUGCCUGAAUUUUAAAUUAAACAAAAUUUAUUAUUAAAAUUACUGUAAAAUCACUACGCAUCUCUGAAAAUGAAAAUGGAUACUACAUUUUAAUUACGAUAGAAAACGGCAAUGAAGACACGUGAUUAUAAAUAUUUAUAAAAAAAAUAUAUUAAGACAAAUUUUAUUUUGAUUUUUUUUUAAUAUAAAACUUAUAUAAACUAUAAUUUUAUAUAAUAAAAAGGAUUGUUUGUUAUUAGUUUGUGUAAAUUUCGACCAUUUUCGAAAUGCAUCAUCUAUUUAGAAAGAGUCACAAUUUUCUAUAUUUUAAUCUAAGAGAAUUCCAGUGAAUUUUCAUUAAAAUGUUUUGUAGUGUUUAAAGUUGUUUCUGUAACAUAAUAAGGCCAUUAUAAACAGACAAAUAUGCAUAAAAACUAUGAUAUAUUUAUUUGCAUUAAAUGUCGAUGGGUUUGCAAGUUUAGCUUAGGAAAGCUUGCAACUGAUAUAGAAUUUUAUUAUAAUAUUGCAUUUUAUAGAUACACUUUUUGCUUUUUUAGCUCGGUUCAGUGUAAUCAUAUAACUGAUUACUGAUACAAAUGGUCACAUAGUAAAUGUACAGUUGUAUUUCCUUUUAGCAAAAUUUAAAUUUCUCUAACGGUUUGCAAAUGAGGGAUAAUUAUGUAUAAAAAUUACAUGGCAGCCACAGUCAGAUUUUUACUAUUUUCUUUUAUUUAUUCAUAAACCAAAUUUAUAUACUUUAACAUAAAAAAAUAUUUAUAUUUUUGACUAAAUUUUUUACAAUUUUUUUUUUUCUAAUGAAUUAACAUUUUAUUACCAUAUUAUUUUUUUAUUCAGAUAUAAGCCCCAUUAUCCACGGGGCCAAAUAAACAGGGCGAAAAAUAGGAUUUAAAAAAAUUUUUGGUCU